AUGAAAAAUGAUUUAAGAAAUUUUAUAAAGAACAUAUCUAAAGGUAGCUAUAAUAAUUAUCUCAACUAUGAUCUCUAUAACAAUGAAUUUAUCUCUAUUUCAUCACCAAAUUUAAAUUUAGGAAACAAAUUAGAAAUCACUAAAACCCUUACAAAGAACAUUCAGUUAACAUCUAUUAUGACGAAAUUCAACAAACAAUAUUUUCUAACUUUAUUUAAAGAUUUCCAUGGAUUAAGUUUUAUAAAUUCAACAGUAUUCCAAGCAAGUCACGAAUUAAAUGGAGUAUCACAGCUCAAAUGUUCUGUUCAAAUGUUUAAGAAUUUAUUAAAUGUUAAAUACGAUACGAUAGUUAAUAAAAACAAAGAAGUAUUUUCACAAUUAGAAAAUUUUAUAACCACACAAAAUAACGCUUUUUGUUUAAAGUUGAUAAAACAUUCUUUCGAAUCUUCUAAUUUGAUUUAUAUUUUUAACUACUGGAAAAAUUUUGGAUUUGCUUGUGCGGGUGCAGAAGUGGUAGGAUUUAAUAAUAAUUUAUCCUUUAAUUUCUGUGGAAGAGUAUCUGAUGAUUAUAAUGUUAUUGGUGUUUCAGUAGAAAAGUUUAACAUAUUCACAACAAGUUUUUAUAGAAAAUUAUAUAAGAAUAUUGAAAUGGGUGUUGAAUAUACUGAGAACAGAGAUACAAAAAGAAAAACGGGUAUAAUUGCUUGUAGAAUGAAGAAUAUGAGAAGUGAAUUUAAAUUUACUGUUAAUAAUUUAUUAGAAUAUUGUUUUAGUUGGGAUGAAUAUUUAACUAGUAAUUUAGUAGUUGGUUUAUCAGGAACUUAUUGUAACAACACAUUGAAUUAUGGAUUUCACUUUACUUAUGAUAUUUAA